CGCCUCCGUCCCUUUUCCGGUAAAAACAGCCGGACUGGGACACACGCUUGCCCGAACGAAUGGUGUCAGAUAAGGUAAGACCUUCGAUAGCCGGGUGCGGUUUGGUGUCUAGCGGCGAUUAUCUAUCUGGCCAUCCAUUGUGGGUGGAGAUGAAAGAAGGAUAUUAUCUUCUGGACAAUGCCGUCGCUUGCUGGUCGAGAGUGGAUAUAUGUAGGAUCUCUCGCGUGCGUGGACUUCAUCUAUUGCUUCUGGACACAGGAAGCGCAGGUCUGACGGCGCGUGCGAACUUUGUCAUUCUCAUCCUCUCCUCCACGCUGUCACCUUCUGUCGACAACGACAACGACGACGACCUUUCGCCACCAUGGAGUCGAAGCAAAUGAAGGUCAACGACACCAUGUCGCCGGAGCUGGAGAAGCAAGACACCAAUACGACAUUUCAAGAGAUUGAUCUGUCCGGUGGGAACCAGCUGGAGCGCGGUCUCAAGAGUCGACACAUUCAAUUCUUAGCUCUUGGAGGUGCAAUCGGCACCGGUCUCUUCGUCGGCUCUGGCGGAAUCCUAUCGCUCGUGGGUCCCGCGCCCUUAUUCAUGGCCUAUCUCUCGAUGAUGAUCAUCGUAUGGGUCGUGAUGAACGACCUCGCGGAGAUGGUGACCUACCUCCCGAUGAAAGGUAUCUCGAUUCCAUAUUUUGUCGGCCGCUUUGUCGAGCCGAGCCUCGCCUUUGCCGACGGCUGGAAUUACUGGUAUGCAUAUGCGAUGCUGGUCGCGGCGGAGGCGACUGCUGGUGGGAUCAUUCUGCAGUAUUGGACCGACGCCGUCCCGAUUGGGGUGUGGAUCGCCGUCAUCCUCAUCGUCAACCUCCUCUUGAAUAUCGUUGCCGCUGAGGUCUUUGGGGAAGCGGAAUUUUGGUUCGCGAGUAUCAAGCUCAUCGCCAUCAUCGGACUGAUCAUUUUGGGUGUCGUGCUCUUCUUCGGGGGAGGGCCGAACCACGACCGCCUCGGAUUCCGGUACUGGAAGGACCAAAAUGGCUACGGCGCAUUCCGAGACUAUCUCGUACCAGGAGAUACUGGUAAAUUCCUCGCGUACUGGACCGCGUUCGUACGUGCUGGAUUCGCAUUCAUCACCUCUCCCGAGCUCAUCGCCUUAGCCGCAGGUGAGACCGUUGCACCUCGUCGCAAUAUCCCCAAAGCUGCGAGACGAUAUGUUUUCCGCCUAGCUCUUUUCUACGGUUUCGGCUCGCUCGUCAUCGGCGUCAUUGUCCCUUCUAACGAUGACCGACUCCUCUCCGAGAAUUCCAACGCGUCGGCCUCGCCUUUCGUAAUAGGAAUCCAGCGCGCUGGGAUCCAAGGAUUGAAUCAUGUAAUCAAUGCUGCGAUUCUGACCUCUGCAUGGUCUGCUGGAAAUGCUUUCUUAUACUCUGGAUCGCGAGUAUUGUACUCCAUGGCGUUGAGCGGUCAAGCGCCCGGGAUUUUCAGGAAAACUACGAAGCGCGGUGUACCUUGGGCGGCGGUGUUGUUUACCUGGCUGAUCGGCUGUUUGGCAUUCCUGAACGUUUCCAACAAUGGUGCGACGGUGUUCACAUGGUUCAGCAACAUCAGUACCAUCUCUGGGUUCAUCGCAUGGAUCGUCGCCAUGGUCACAUACCUACGUUUCAGAAAAGCUAUGCAACACCACAACAUGAUGGAUGCUCUGCCACUCCGAACGAAGCUACAGCCUUACGCGACAUACUUUGCACUAUUCAUCAUCACCAUUCUGACUCUCACCAACGGCUUCCAAGUCUUCUUCCCCUCCCGCUGGAAGCUCUCCGAUUUCCUCGCCGCCUACAUUACAAUUCCGAUCUUUCUCGUGCUAUAUCUCGGCCACAAGUCCUACACCGCAACACACCACGUCAUCGACAAGCAAAAUAGCACAGGAGGCAAAUUACCACUGAAAGACAAGAUUCGUGAAUGGUUCAGCGCCUGUGUAUUCUGGACCCGUGUCGAGGACAUCGACGUCUGGACGGGCAAGAAGGAAAUGGACGAACUCGAGAAAAUGGAUGUCCCACCGGUGCCGAAGAAUUUCGUGGAGAAAUUUUGGUUUUGGCUUGCGUAGGGCGAUGAGAUGAAGGUUGGGGACUUUGAGGCUCCCUUCUGCUUUCUACUAGGUUUUAUUCAGUCACGAUUACGACCAAAAGCGAAAUUUUCUCUGGCACGAUGCUCUCUUUAAAGUGAUAAUGCUUGGUAUGUAUUGUGAUGAAGAUGGGUGGGCAGGCGGCCUGGU